UGGCUAUAUCGGUCUGUGUAGUCUUGUUAGGAAAAGUGACUGAAAUUGUUAAUAAAUGAAGCUAUUGGUAAUCAUUAUAUCGUGCAUUUUUAAAGGUGUAUUAUCCAACAAACAAUCAACUGCUUGACGACCAAUCAAGUGAUGAUAUCAAAAAUAACUGUACUUUUCUUAGUAUUUCAAAGUAGAUUAUCACUUUUGAGGAUAUUUUUGUUUUUAAUGUUCAUAACAAAAAGUUGGAGUGAGGAAGGAAUAACAUUACAAGAAGAUGGAUAUUACAUAGAUCAAUUGAACGAAAUAGCUGCAGGGGAAAGCACUGAUACAUUAACGUGUCCAUCAACUAAUAUCAUCACCACCAGAUACAAGUGUAACGAGAAAGGGAAAUGGGUAGAUUGCACCAGAAGACAAUGUUGUCCUGAUUAUGUAUAUAUAGCAGGAAGAUGUCUACAUAAGACGCAAGAUCCGUGUUCGCUAAAAUUCUGUGAACAACGAUGUACUGUGUAUAUGCAACGAAUUAUUUGUACUUGUUUCCAUGGAUACAAGUUUAGCCCCGAAAAUCAAAAACAUAAUAAAAAACCGGUUUGCGUAGAUAUUGACGAAUGUAAAGAAAAAAAUGGAGGGUGCCAACACAUCUGCGUUAAUCAGUUAGGAAAGUAUAAAUGUGACUGUAAAGCAGGGUUUAAACUCCGCAACGAUAAUAAAACUUGUGCUCCAGAAAAUUUGUUAGAUACUUCAGAUUCGAAGAAUCAAGCAGCUUACAUGGAUAUGUGUUACGCGAAUUGUGAUAGUCUGACUAGGCUUCAAACCCAGCUGGAUCUCCUACAUGAAAAAGUGGCUGCACUAAGUACCGCAAUUAGAUUGUCUAGUUUUGCUUCCGGACCACCAGGUCCAAUGGGUCCUCCCGGAGCGCCUGGGCCACCAGGUCCUCGUGGCUUUCCAGGUCCGGAAGUGUCUCCAAAUAGCAUUAACUCCCACCUUGAUUAUACUUACUCUGUAGUUGACACAUACGCUCCAUUUGGAAAUGACGAUAACCAGCAAUGCAUUUGCAAGAGAGGGCCACAAGGACAACUGGGAGCACAAGGACCACAAGGACCUAAAGGUGAAAGGGGAGAACCGGGACCAAAAGGGCCAAGAGGGGACAAAUGGUCAAUUGAUUUCUUCUUGCUAAUGCUUGCUGAUUUACGACACGAUAUUGUGCAUAUGCAGAAGAAAGUUUAUACUAACGGAGAAGUGCCACCGAAAUUCGACUUCGAAACAGCACUACAGAAAAAACGAUUCAGACAGAAGCAUCAAUUUAUUCACCACAAAAAGAUUUUGGAAGGGUUCGCUAAUCCCCCAAUUACAAGUAGUAAGGAUAAUACCACUGAUACAAAAGUUACGGAACCUAUCCCGAUAAAAAAGAUUAAUCAAGAAACUACUGACAGUAUUGAAGAAUUUAGAGACGAUACCGUAGCAGUGACUGAAAGUGCCGAGCUGGAUAUUGCUGACAGUGAUAUUGAAGACUAUGACGAUUUUGAUGAGAUGACGGAUGAUGAUUACAUGUGAUAUAUCUUACAAACGAAAAUAAUAUAUUAAGAAAUACUGUAUUCUAUAUUAUAUGUUAGGAUAUGCAGAUUUAUAAUUAAUGUAGUUGUUAAUUUAGUUUUGUAAAUACACAAAUAAAUUAUAUUUUAUC